UUGCAUUCUUUAUACACACAGCCAAUAAUCAAUUGAAGGCCAUGUCGUUCCCUAACAUCGAGCGCGCAGAGCCUACGGGCCGUUGCGCCUUCAGCCUUUUCAACCAGGUGCCACAAGCCAACCGCCCAGGAGAUACUCGCCGCCGGUUCUGGACGCGAUGGAUCCCCGAAUUUGUCUCGUCGGGCUCCAGCUGCACCAAAUGCGAGAGCCACGAAUGCUGGGGCUACACCAUGGUGCGAACCAGCCACCACGAUGACGCCAAGUUCGCCCGUGCCGUUGAGGCCGUCCGGCGACCGGCUCUUGUCCUAAUCGAGCUCGACCGUGAUGAGGGAGGCGGUGAAGAUGACAGCCAGGUCGACGAGACGAUCUGCGUCGAGAUCACGACGGACCAGCCUAUAGUCCGCGAGCGGCUCCAGGACCCCUACCGGGCCAUGAGCUGGCACGUCGCUACCACAGCCCGGUCGUCGAGGACAGAGACGCCCUCGAGGGCGCCGACGUCGCAGUCGCGUGGAUACUAUCGCUCUGCGCAGGGGGAGCGCGAGAGUGACCUGCGCGGGCUCUGUUUUGUGCUGAUGGACCGCGAGACCAUCGACCACCUGGCCGCGGCCCCGACCGAGGGCGAUAUGGCUUUGAUGACGUGGGCGGAGCGGGCCCGGGUCGCGUGGGAUCACUGGAUCAAGGUGGUGUCGACAACGCCCGAGUACGAUGAGGAGGGAAACGAGGCCGACGCGGUCUGGGAUUAUUUCCUUGCCCGCAGGCGGAUCCGGGUGCUGGAUUUCGUCGACGUCUUCCUGUAGCAGCAGCACGUCGACAUCAGCGAGGUGGGUGUCAAGGCGUAUGACCGUGAGCGCUUAUUGGAGUGCGGAGAACGUGAGUGGGAGUUGUGCGAAAAUCACGAGUGCGAGAUUAUCACCGUGCCGUGGCUGGAGGAGCUGUGCGGAAUGACGAUCAGGUG